AUGUCUCCACCGCGAAAACGCCGCCGGCCACCCAAGUCAUGUGAUCCGUGUCGUCGUCGCAAAGUCCGUUGUGACCGGGAAUUCCCUUGUGGCCCAUUUGCUGCUAGUAGCCCGUCUGGUGGUGGAUUCUCCCAGUUCACGGCUCCUUCCGUGCUGGAGGGACAAACGCCUCCUUCCCAAGCCGUUGACCCGCAGACACAGAGCCAUCCACCUGCAUCCACGUCGCAAUCGCAGCUUCAGGACCAAGAUAAAGAUCAGAACAAGAUCAUCCAGGAUCUACAACGCCGUCUUCGGCGUUUGGAAGAACAGCUUCCCGGCCCUCCGCCCUCUCAAACCACGACCGAUCCUAAUCCCACCGUCUCUCAGACUCAGGCUCUGCGACACCUUCAAGACCGGGUCCUCAGGGCUGAAGAACAGCUGUCUGAUGCAGCUCGUCCUAGUCUUUUGGUCAAUGGAUGGGCCAUUCCGGCCACCCCGCCUCGUCUUCGUGUAGCCCCCGACAAGACGAAGCUGUUUGGCCCCAGUCACUGGCUGCAUACCGCCGAGAAGUUUCAAGUCCUUGGCAAAUUCGAUGCCAAAGAAGUAGAACCCUCGCUGCGGGAUGUAGAUGCUAGAUCGGAGUUCGCCAGCAUCUUCAAGGACUGUCGGCAUCUCCGACAGGCCAUGAAGGCCCAAGAGUCGGUUCGACUCAACCAUCCGGUUCCAGACUUGCUGAGCACGCUCCCGACCCAAGCAGUGUGCGAUGUUCUGGUCGAUGCUUAUCUCCGCACCUUCGAGCUCAUUUACCGGGUUAUUCAUAUCCCAUCCUUCUGGGAAGAGUAUCGUCAGUUGUGGGCCCAGCCGCAGUCGACUUCGACCCAUUUCCUGAUGAAGCUGGUCUUGAUCCUCGCCCUGGGUACCACAUUCCACUCAGAUUCAGAUCAAAGCAAUAGAGUGCAUCUCCGCCGUCUCGCACAUACAUGGAUCUAUGCCGCACAAUGGUGGCUAGUCGGACCAUCGGAAAAGUCUACCAUCAAUCUGGAUGGUCUGCAAGUCGGCUGUCUCUUAUUGCUGGCCCGCCAGACGAACAACCUUCCAGGCACGAGCUGGGUCUCCGCGGGGUCCGUGCUGCGUAUGGCCAUGGCGAUGGGACUGCAUCGCACUCCCGGCCUCUUUCCCGCGCUGUCCGUGUACCAGUCCGAAAUGCGAUGCCGACUCUGGGCAACGGUCCUGGAACUGACGUUACUGUCGUCGCUGGAUGCCGCCAUGCCCUUACCGUUCUCACCACAGGACAUUGACUGCACGGCGCCGUCGAAUCUAGACGACGAGCAGUUCAACCCAGAGACUGAGACACUUCCCACCCCACAGUCGAAUCAGUAUCUUACCGACUCGUCCAUUCAGGUUCUGCUGCUCAAGUCUCUUCCCAUGCGAGUGGAAGCGGUUCAGCUUGUGAACAACCAGCACCGGCAGGAACUCUCAUACGAAACCGCAUUGAGACUGGGAAAUGAAUUGCGCUCGGCGUGCCACGAUAUUGCCGCCUUGUUCCACCCCAGUCAGAAUCAGUCGAGGCAUGCGGACCGCACCCCGGGCAUGACCAAAUUUCAUCUUCGGUUUCUCGACACGUACCUACGUCGAUAUAUCUUGUUCCUGCAUCGCCCAUUCAUGAUCCAGGCCCGUGAAGAUCCACGAUUCUACCUGUCCCGGAAGGUGUGUCUGGAGUCCUGCAUCGUGGUUGCAUCGUAUGCCGAUGAUCUCAAUCUACCGUCAGACACAUUGGAUGACCUCUCUCAUCUGACCAUUGUAGGUAGAGGCUCCUUUAAAGGAGCCUUAAGUUUCGAUGUGAUUACCUCCCUGGGGCUGGAAAUUGACACCCAACUCGAGGAGGAGGCUUCUACGCGGUCGUUGGGAUCUUCGCCCCCAUUUGUCACCGAUUACCUGGAUGAAAUGGCCAAGGACCACCGAGCACCCUUGAUCCGGAGCCUAGAACACAUCCAGGAGCAGCUGUUGCAGAUUAUCGCUCUCGGAAAUCCGAGUCUGAAGCGAUACAACUUCCUGUCCGCCAUUUUGAGCCAGAUCCGUGCAAUGGAGUCGGGCCAACCGAUCCAACCCGCCAUUUACGAGAGCGUCAAAGAAAGCCUAAAGAAAUGCUAUCUCUUGCUGCAAGCCUCCCACGCAGCCAGUUCGCCGCAGGAAUCGGUUGAGUCGCUGACUAUGGGGACAGAGAGUUCUCUAGGUUUUGAUGUGGAUGCUUUAGACCCUGCCUUGGGACUGGAAAUUCCCAGCUUAUUGUUCUUCCCGGACAUGAUGGAUAUGUCGAGCAUCGAGUGGUAA